AUGGGACGGAUGUCGCCCCGAGCUCUAUCUUACCUCUGGCUCCUUGGAAUUUUGGCAUUUUCUACAGCGCAAUCCCUCAACCAAACCCCUUUGCAGUCACCGCAUGUCUCUCAGUCUGAAUGGGAUGACUUGAACUAUCAGGUUGGGGGAAGGUUGUUCAGAAGCGCACCGUUCGCCAAGCCCUGCUUUACACGACCGUUUCCCUCUCCCUCAUGUGUUCAGGUUCAAGAUGGGUACGUGGACGAAGAAACUCGUGCGAAUACGUCAUCGGCAUACAUCCAGAGCCAGUGGGAGACUUGUCAAGUAACGGGGGAGCAAUGCCUACUCGAUUAUACCAAUCCCAAGAAUGAAGAGCCUACGACUCGCAAAUGCCUUCCUGGCAGUAUCCCAAGAUAUUUCGUAGAUGUGCGAUCACCGAAAGAUAUUGCGGCUGCCUUUCUCUUUUCGAAGAAAACAAGGGUCCCAAUCGUGAUAAAAAAUACUGGGCACGAUUAUAAAGGCCGCAGUAGUGCUCCAGGGUCUCUUGCUCUUUGGACCCACAAUCUUAAGAAGUUGACCUAUAACUCUGAAUUUACCCCAGAAGGAUGUUCACAUUCCAGUCCUGGAGUAACAGCUGGCGCUGGUGUACAAUGGGGGGAGGCAUACCCGUUUGCGGAGAAGAAUAAUAUCACACUUGUCGGGGGCAGCGAUAAGACGGUGGGAGUGGUCGGCGGCUGGCUUCAAGGAGGGGGUCACGGUGCGCUGUCAAACACAAUGGGUCUGGGCGUGGAUCGUGUGCUUCAGUUCAAAAUAGUCACACCAGAUGGACAUCACAGAGUCGUAAAUGAAUGCCAGAACGAAGAUCUCUUCUUCGCUCUCCGUGGCGGUGGCGGGGGGACCUUUGGCGUUGUGACUGAAGCUACAAUCCUGGCAUCUCCUCCGGUUAAACUGCAAUCAUUAAUUCUCACACUGAAAUCCCCUUCUGCGACGAAGCGCAUGUGGUCGAUAUUGGCGGAUAACGCUCUCAAAUGGGCAGAUGAAGGAUGGGGUGGAUUUUCCACGUCCCAGGUCGUCAUUCUUAUCAACCCAAAAUUAAGUAGUCAAGAAGCGAGAGAAUCCUUGGCCCCUUUGAUUGACUUCGGAAAAUCGUUGCCAGCUGACGAGGUUGAGUUGGACAUCAUAGAGUUUCCUACUUGGGGUGCUUUCUUUGAUGUCUUCACAAAAGAUCACGUUGCGGUAGUUGGCGUCAGUUUGGCUCUUAGCUCUCGCCUCAUCAGCAAGGAAAACGUUAAAACCGCUUCACGUAGAGAAGAACUAGUAUCAGCUCUUCUUGCCGCGAAUACCGCCACCCCUGGUCUCAUUAUUCUCAUCUCGGCUCCCUCCUCCUUUCCAUCCUCUGGUAAAACUAGCGUAACGGAGGCGUGGAGAUCGAGUUUGUAUCACGUCACUGUGAUUUCACCCUGGAACUGGAACGCUACAACCGAGGAAAAGAGGCAGAACUAUAAACGUGCAAGCGAUUCGAUCGACAAUUUGAGAAGAAUCACGCCAGAUGCUGCGUAUCUGAAUGAAGCUGACGUUUACGAGCCCAAUCAUGAAGUCGCCUUCUGGGGAGAACACUAUCCGAAGCUGCUGCGCUUGAAAGAAAAGUAUGACCCAAACCAUCUACUUGAUUGCUGGCAUUGCGUCGGUUGGAAACGGAACUCUGCACGCUUCUCUUGUUAUCUUUGA